AAAGAACUUAAAACUCGUAUUUCAGUCAUUAUAAAAAGUGCGAAGUUAUUAAUAUACCUGAAAGGCUGAAACCAUACAUAUGUGAUUUUUUUUAAAGCGACAACAUUUCUUAUUUGUCCCUUUUUUUUGGAUACAGAUUUUCAGAUGAAUUUUUCACGUUUUUUGUGUGUCAAAAGUGGCCGGGAAAGACUACAGAGCAUUUAUAACUAAAGCUCUUACCUUUAACCUCACAACUACAGAAAUAGCAAAACCAAAAACAUCUCUCCACUUCACAACACAAAAUCUCAAAAUCUCAAAACCCAAAACAAAAUUAAAAAAUUUAUAUAAAAAACCCAUGUCUUUCAUGAUGAGCAUGACGCCUGGCAUCCCAUCAUCAUCCUCAUCCUCAUCACCCUCACCACCAUCAUCACCACCGCUCUCUUCACCGACAGUAUCACUUCCGGUCCGUACGAUUCCCGGAGCCUACGGCUGGCCGCUUCUGGGGCCCAUCUCUGACCGCCUGGACUACUUCUGGUUCCAAGGCCCUGAAACCUUCUUCAAAAAACGCACUGAGAAGUACAAGAGCACUGUGUUCCGUACAAAUGUCCCUCCGAGCUUUCCUCUGUUUCUCAACGUCAACCCCAACGUUGUGGCUGUUCUGGACGGCAAGUCCUUCUCGUACCUCUUCGACAUGGACUUGGUCGAGAAGAAGAAUACUCUUGUUGGUGACUUCAUGCCCAGUGUUAACUUUACUGGGGGCUUGAGGACCUGUGCUUACCUUGAUACCACUGAACCACAACACGCUAAGAUCAAGAACUUUGCCAUGGACAUCUUGAAAAGAAGCUCCAAGGUUUGGGUACCUGAGCUCACUGCUAACCUCUCCACCAUGUUUGACACAAUAGAAGCAGAAGUGUCCAAGGAUGGGAGUGCCAGCUACUUGAUCCCACUCCAGAAAUUCAUUUUCAAUUUCCUCACAAAAUGCUUAGUUGGUGCUGACACAGCAAGCUCACCCAAGAUAGCUGAGUCCGGUUACGCCAUGUUGGACCGGUGGCUCGCCCUCCAGCUCCUCCCCACUGUCAAGAUUGGUUUGCUUCAGCCUCUGGAGGAGAUUCUCCUCCAUUCUUUUGCAUACCCAUCUUUUCUUGUGAGUGGAGACUACAACAAGCUUUACCAAUUUGUUAAGGAACAAGGUAAAGAAGUAGUGAAGAGAGGUGAAACCGAGUUUGGACUGAGCCAAGAAGAAGUAAUUCACAACCUUCUGUUUGUGCUUGGUUUCAACGCGUUUGGUGGGUUCUCUGUCUUUCUACCAACGUUAAUAAGCACAAUAGCUAGUGACACCACCGGCUUACAAGACAAAAUAGUCAAAGAAGUCAGAGAAAAGGCCGGUUCAACUUUGACUUUCGACUCAGUUAAAAAUUUGCCACUGGUUCAGUCUAUAGUAUACGAAACACUCCGGUGCAACCCGCCGGUUCCUCUCCAAUACGCCCGGGCCAGGAAGGACUUUCAACUGAGUUCACAUGACUCGGUUUUUGACAUCAAGAAGGGUGAGUUGCUUUGUGGGUAUCAACCACAGGUGAUGAAGGAUGAGAAGGUUUUUGAUGAACCAGAGACUUUUCAACCGGACCGGUUCUUGAAAAAUAAGGAGUUACUGAACUACUUGUACUGGUCCAAUGGACCGCAGACCGGCUCACCAAGCCAGUACAACAAACAGUGUCCUGGAAAGGACACUGUGACCCUCACGGCUUGCUUGUUUGUUGCUUAUGUGUUUCAAAGAUAUGAUUCAAUGACUGGGACCGCAACUUCAAUCACAGCCCUUGAGAAACCCAAGUAAGAGAGCAAUGUGAGUGAUCACAGUCGUUGAAAUGGGGAUGUGAUGGAUGAUGAAAUAAUGUAUUUUUGUCUGUUUUUGUAAAUUUGGUGUCGUUUGGGGUUUGUAGUCAAUUAAAGCGGAGAGAUACUUGAGGGAAAAGGGCAAGUUGGGUGUGCCCAGAUUCAUUAAAUAAAAGUGAACAGAAUGUGAAGGGUUUA